GCUUGAGAUGAUCAUAUAAGGCCCGUCACCAAGCCCCAGUACCACUCAACCCCGGAACCUUUGACGAUAAAGGAGCGACUCUGCACCUAGGAACCAUUCAACAAUCUCCAAUCAUGACUUCCAUUGGAAAUCAGUUUCAGUACAAACCCACGGUUCGCCCAAAAACGCCUUUCGGUCAGGCAGAACAGGAAGAGGACGCGAAGGCUCUUCAAAAAGCGAUGAAAGGGCUUGGCACCGACGAGAAGGUGAUUAUAAACAUCCUGGCCAAUCGCACCAACAACCAGCGACAGCUUAUCGCACACCGCUUUGAAUCUCUGUUUGGAAAGAAACUCAUCGAUGAGCUUAAAAAGGAGCUCGGUGGCAGUUUUGAAGACGUGGUUGUCGGCUGCAUGUUGCCCUUGGACCGUUACUUUGCCCAGGAACUGCACGACGCCAUGCAUGGCCCUGGUACAAGGGAAGAUGCCCUGAUUGAAAUUCUCUGUGUUCUCGACAAUGCAUGGCUCAAGCUCAUUCAGAAAACUUAUUACGAUAUGUUUGAUAAGGAUCUGGAGUACGACAUAAAACGCGACACCGCGGCUUGCUUUGAAAAGCUGCUCCUGGCUCUUUUGGAGGCCAAAAGGGACGAAAGCGUGACCGUAGACUCGGGUAAGGUGGACGCUGACGUUGACGCGCUUUACGCAGCUGGAGAGAAGAAAAUCGGCACCGACGAGGAGAUCUUUAUUGACAUAUUGACCAAACGCAGCUUUGCGCAUCUCCAAGUGCUUUUCAGAGAAUACAAGAACAAGCAUGGCUCUGAUUUCCAUGAGGUAAUUGAGAAGGAGUUUGAGGGCGAGACGGAAGAUGCCCUUGUGACCAUGGUGCGUUGCUACACAAACACGACCAAGUACUUUGCCAGGCAGCUGCACAAGGCGAUGGAUGGCGUGGGCACCAACAACCGGGCGCUCAUCCGCACCAUCGUGACCAGGUCCGAGUUUGACUUGGGCAACAUCAAGGAGGCUUACGUCAAGGAGUAUGAGAAGUCGCUGAUCAAGGCUAUCGAGGACGAUUGCUCUGGUGACUUCAAAAGAAUGCUGGUUGCACUUAUUGAUUAAUGGAAAGCAGGAACGAAUAACAAUUAUUUAAAAAUAAAUAUUUUAUUUUGAAAUAUAUUUUCUAGAGAAUUUUACAGACUUUCAGUCAUGUUGCCUGGACUUUUAUUAUAAAAUAUGUUCUGAACAUAUGUCAUUUUUAUAAAAAAAAAAAAUCAAAACAGAAAAUUUUAUUUGAAUUUUAGAGCCUUUGAAACCCCCGUUCCGUGUGAACGUGUACAAUAAUGG